UUUAUAAGGAUUACUGGCUUAUAACAAAUAAUAUCCCAUACAUGGUUACGAUACACAAACAUAUUAAUAUUGUUUUAUUAUUUUACUCGUAUUAAAAAAUAUUUAUACAUUGCAGGUAUGAAUACAAAUUACUGUGGCUCCUGCAUAAUUGAUAUUGAAGACUGUGAUCCUUUGAUAAUUAAAACAAAAAAUAAUAACAAAAACAAAAUGAAAAUCAUAUGUUUCAUGUUUAUUAUUUUAUCGUGUAUAUCAUUUAGUUUAAAUAGAUCAAUAUUUAACAAAAAAACACAAAACGAUACCGAAAUUGAAUUAGAACAAAAAAACCAAGUAUUGAUGGCUGGUGGAUUGCCGGCAGCAGAAAAAAUAUAUGAUUUUCUGAAGACCAAUUUCAAACAGGGCAACCCAACAAACAAUGCAAAUAAUCCUGUAAAAUGCAAAAACAUCAAGUCAUCCUACAACACAAAUAAUAAAACUAAUAAUAAUCAUAAAAAUAAUAAUUAUAAUAUAACUAUAAUUAAUAAUAAUAAUUAUUAUAAUUAUUAUAAUAGUACCUCAACCGAGGAGAAUACUUAAACCAAAAGAUGGAGGUAACAAUGAGACAACAGGGUCUUUAAUCAGAAACUAAACAGGACAAGUCUAAAUAAUCGCUGCUUAUUGAGUCACGCCAGCCACGAAUCAUUGAUUCUCAUUAUUCACACAUUAUACAUAAAAACUUUCAUCCAGUGAGUUGUGAAGACUAGUAGAAUAUAGUUUACAUACUUACAUAUUAUGCCCAUACAUACACACAUAUAUACACAUAUCAUUGUUACAAACUUCUAAACAUAUUAUAAUGUUAACAAAUAUUAGUAGGUAAAAAGUGUAUGUUCUGGAACCUCCUUACGAGGAAUUUGGUCUUCACCGAUACCCCCCGUUCUCACCCCGUCUGCCACCAAUACUCUCAUUGCGUCGAUCGUCUGUGCUCCCCUCGCAGGAGCUAUGACAACCGCGAUGCUCCUGUCCCCGCCGCCACAGGCCAC